AUGGGUGAGGAGAUCACAUCCAACAGCUAUGAAGAGGCUCGUAAGCGACAACUACUUGAGAACAAAAAGAGAUUCGAGGAUCUGGGGAUCUUGAAUAUUUCUAAAAGCCUAUCAGCUCUUUCAAAUUCUGAUAAGAAAUCCAAGCAAUGUGAAGCGAAACCAAAACUAAGGAAUGCGCCAGUAACAGAACCAAGGCGUUCAACACGUACACGUAACCCCAUUGUGACAUACCAAGAUGAGGUUAAUGUACGCUUUUCAACUGUGAGAAGAAGAUCAAAAUUCAAAUCAUUGGCUGAAAGUUAUCUAGUAAGACCAGUGGAAGAAGUCAGAUUGGCCUCAUAUGAAGACAGGGUUCAAGCAAUGGAGUCCGCAGAGAAACUUAGGAUCAAUUUGCAGUCUGAACAUCCUUCUUUUGUUUUGUCAAUGGACCGUUCUCAUGUUUACAAUUGCUUUUGGUUGGGGUUACCAGAGACAUUUUGCAAUACACAUCUUCCCAAGUCUACAGUGAGGAUGUUGCUAGAAAAUGAAGAUGGCAAUGAAUACGAAUGUGUGUUUAUUGGCCAGAGGGCUGGACUAAGUUCUGGAUGGAGAGCAUUUGCAUUGGAGCAUAAACUGGAAGACGGUGAUGCUUUGGUUUUUGAAUUGAUUGAACAAAAAAGAUUCAAGGUUUACAUAGUUAAACUAUCAGAUGGUGGAAGCCAAGAUGAUGAUAUUAUGUCCAAUGUUGACAAAGAAGCUAUUGAAACCAAGAAAAAGACUACAAAGCCAGCAAAGAAGCUCAAAAAGACCCCAGGAAAUCGGAAGGAACUGACUAAACCAAUUGCAAAAAAAAGUGCACAAAGCAAAAGGCCAAACAAGUCAGUUGAAGUUGUGACAGGAACUCGGCGUUCUACUAGGAUCUGA